GCAGCUGUGCUUCCACCAUGGUUGUUCCUGAUUCUCAGGACAAAAUGUACUACCCUCCUGAUGACCUGAAGAGGGAUGCUCGUGUGCCUGAUUUUAACUCCUAUCUGGCGCUGUACAGGAAGUCUCUUGAGAACCCAGAAGCUUUCUGGAAAGAGAUUGCUCAAGAGUUCUUUUGGAAAAAGCCAGCGACGGGACCGAUGCUGCAGUACAACUUUGACAUGACAAAAGGGAACAUUUAUGUCAAAUGCAUGGAGGGGGCCAAAACCAACAUGUGCUAUAAUGUCCUGGACAGGCUUGUGAAGGAGAGGAAUCUUGGCGAAAAGGUUGCCUAUUACUG